UUAACAAAAAGUUUUUAAGGGAUUUUCAAAAAAAUGAAAAAAGACGAAAAAUUCUGGCUAACCGCAAAGAGGAAACUAUAAUAAGAAGAAAUGAUAAAGAUAAAUUUGAUGGGACUUUAACGACAGAUUGAUCCGAAUGUCUUUCUAUCUUACUUGGACAGGAAACAAGAAAACGUUCGAGAUCGAGUGAUCCAUCAUCGGAAAUAGGAGAAAAGUUAUAUUAUUCUAAAAAGAAAUAAAAACGUAAACAGCAUUUGAGAUAGCAAAAUCGUAAAACCACGCGAAUGAUGAUACCUAUCACAUAAAAUUCGAGUGGUACGCCUUUUUAGUUUAUAUGUCCGGAAUAAAAUACAUCCGGAAAGUUUUCCGCCGAGGAUGUAGAUUUAUCACAGAUUAGUACUCAGUAGAAAGCUUUAGAAAGGCUCCUGGAAGAUCAACCCGUCAAGUACACUUGCUGGACGUAAACUCUCGGCUAAAAGCUUGCUGAUUACUGAUACAGUGUUAUAUCACUCGUAUUUCCUAUCACGUAUUGUGGAUUUAGUGGAAGAAAUUUUGCUGCUUACAGUUUUGAUACACAUACAGGUUGAGAUUAAUCGGAGACUAAAAACUCGGAAAUUAAAACCGAGUGAUGUAGUAAUCGAGCGGUCUUAGUUUCGCCGUUUGCGGGAUCGCUUUUUUUAGUGCAAGUUGAUGCUUGCAGUUUAUCGAGAUUGGAAAAUUAAAGAUAAAAAGGGAUUUGAGAUUUGUAAUUGAAUUUCUAUAGUACCGUGGUUUUAUUUUUAUACUGAAAAAAAAAAAAAAAAGUAUUUAUAGGAAAAUUUUCUUGCAUAUUUAAUCAGCAACAAAUUCGCCAGAACCAGAACAUAAACAAAGCACAAAGUCGGUAUGUUUUUAAAGGGCUGUUGUAGUCCAGAAAAAAUCUCGAUUAGAGCUCAGUACAUAGCGAGCUUAUAAAUGCGGAAUGCUGAAUAAAUUCCGGUGUAAAAGGGUCGAGAUCUAAAGGAAAGCUCAAAAUACAAAGUAUAAAGUACACAAAUGUUUUAUUCUGUAGAAUAGAAAGUGACUAGUGAGUGUAAUGGUAAAAAGUAUAGACUGUAACAAUGGCUAGCAAAGUGGUGGAAGGGUGUUUUGGUCAGACGUCAAAGUGAUUAAAGCGUAUAACCUGGAUCGUUAUAAAUAUUAUAACAACAAUAAUAAUAUCACCAGUUCAUAAAGUGGGAAUUGAUGUUUGUGUACGUGAAUCGAGUGUAUGUGAAUAAGUCAUGCUUGAAGGUAAUAUCGCGGGAUGGACGAGCGAGCUGACGGUGAUGCUCCACGGAAUAUCUUGCAAUAUUAGCAGCGGCGGUUUGUACACCUGUAACGAGCAAUGUGGUGCCGGAAUUAAUAUUAGCGACGCUGGAGGUCCCGGAGUCGGGCCCGGGGGGUUCAUGCCUAUUGAUUAUGACCACUUGUGCAUGGCUGAACAUGUCAACGGCACGAGCACUCAUCACUAUCACCAGCAUCAGCUCCACCGUGCUGGCGAGCUUGGCGUCGAUGCUUAUUUCGCUGGCGUACCUUAUACCUCAUUAUUUUGUUGGCCCUGCAAUUAUUCCGGGUGCAAUAUCAACUUAUCCCUCGUUAUCAACGGCCUGGAAAACAUCGAGAGCACUUACUUGUCCAGAAUUUCAAAAUUCAUCGACUGUAACUCGACUUUCCUCAGCGAUAUUUUCGAAUGCACGUCGGUGGGGGAUUCUUCGACAACGGAAAAUCUGACAGUGUCAUGCUCCAGACGAACACGUCAGAUCGAACUCCCGAGGAGCGGAAAAAGGUUCAUGUGGACGUUUCUCUUUGUGGCGGUCUUCAUAGUGGCUGGUGGUUUGGGAAACAUUCUGGUAUGCCUUGCGGUAUGUCUUGAUCGCCAGCUACACAAUGUCACUAAUUACUUCCUACUGUCACUCGCCGUUGCGGAUCUUCUGGUCAGUCUCUUUGUCAUGCCAUUGGGCGCCAUUCCGGGAUUUCUUGGAUAUUGGCCUUUUGGGGAAAUUUGGUGCAAUGUUUACGUUACAUGCGAUGUACUUGCGUGUUCUUCGAGCAUAUUGCACAUGUGUUUCAUUUCGCUAGGUCGAUAUCUCGGCGUAAGGAGACCGGUAGAAACACGACGUGACUCAACAAUGCGGUCCAAUGCAUUUAAAAUAGCAGCUGUUUGGUGUUUAGCCUUGCUUGUGUCCAGUUCAAUUACAGUAUUAGGAUUGACAAAUCCAAUGAAUAUAAUGCCAAGACCGGAUAUAUGUAUGAUAAAUAAUCGAGCUUUCUUCGUAUUUGGAUCGUUGGUAGCGUUUUACAUACCAAUGAUUGUAAUGGUAAUCACUUACGUCCUAACUGUUCAGUUACUGCGUAAGAAAGCGCGGUUCAUUCAUAAGCAAACCAUGGGUGACGAAUUUAGGAGGCUUGGAGGGAGGUAUUCCUCGACAAAGUUGCAUCAUACCCACUCUAGGCCUACUUCUAGUGCACUGUCUUCUAGACAACUGUGGAGGUUUUCUGGUGGAAGUACUACUGGUAAUAGCCGGGGUACAAGCACGUCACCAUCAAGCUGCGAACUUAAUGGAGUUACUCAAGAGACGGAUGUGGACUCGACUCUGCAACUGCAAGUACGCAGGUGUAUCAGCAAGACCGAUCAGGCGACACAAACUCCGGAAAAUAUUACGCGUGAGACGAGAAACUUCCGACUUAGAUCUCUCAAACUUCACCUCAACGUCGCGCCAACAAAUCUAAAUCUCAGAAAUGUUAACAGGUUUCUACAGGGAAGAUCGAAGCGAUCACCGGCGGCAAACGCGGUCGCGACGGAACAAAAAGCCAGCAAAGUCUUGGGCUUAGUAUUUUUCACAUUUGUCUUCUGCUGGGCACCAUUCUUCAUCCUCAACAUUUUCUUCGCAGCGUGUCCGAAUUGCAAUGUGCCAAACCACGUGGUCGACACCUGCCUGUGGCUCGGCUACGUUUCCUCUACAAUCAACCCCAUCAUUUACACCGUGUUCAAUCAGACGUUUCGCGCCGCAUUCAUCCGCUUACUCAAGUGUAAAUGUUAUAGAUAUGCCCGACUGCCACGUUACCGUUCAGUUAACGAAGGACGGGCGGCUCUCCCGGGUAUGUGUACUCCCUCUAGUGCAUUGCCUCUAGCAAUAGGCCUCCAAGGCACACCUCUACUCACACCCUCAGUGAUUCCAACAGUGACACCAGCUUCUGGAAGCUCAUGUGUUACCGAAAUUACUCAGACAACAUUUAGUGUUUUACCGCACGACACUUUUAUUGAUGACCACUGUGAUCAAAAGUGUUGAAUGUUAAUAUUAUUAUUAAUUAUAACAUAAGAAGAUAAAAACAUUGAGACAUUAAAACCCUUUUAAGUGUGUCGUUAAUGAAGCCAUUGAACUACCAAAUUAAAAAUAAAAAUGUUCCUUGGUAAUUAAGAGCUGGUGUGUAUCAUUAAUCACCCUUGAGGGGUUACACGAUCUUAAAAGGCCGAAAAAAACGAUUUUUUAAUCAUUUUUUCUGAAGAGAAUUUUUAAUUGAUUAAUAUGAGAAUUGAUAUACAUAAUGUAAUUACUUUUUAUUUUAUUAAUAAGUUCUUUUUUUUACAAUCAACGAUUUUUCUAGCUACUGUAGACAAUCUUCAGGAAGUCCUCUAAAAAAAGUUUAAUCGAAAUUAAAAAAUUUAAAUAAAUUUCACUAAUGUGAGAUAUUAUUCAGUGAUUAAUUCAAGGGAUUAUCAAAAUGUCUAAUUUUAAGAAAUUGGCAUAUCAAUAAAAAAAAAUAAACGAUUUUAAUGAAAAUUUGAGCCUUAAAUUGUUUAUAAAAAUUUAAAAUACUUAUCGGAAUUAUUAAUCCUUGGAUCAAUUACUGAAAAAUCUAGUUAAAAAAAUAGUUUCAAAAUUAGAGACUGAUCUUAUCAGCAGUUGUUCGAUAAAUCUUGUUCACCGACUUUGAAAAUCGAGUUUUGAGAAAAAGGCGUUCAAACUUGUUCGGGCUUAAUCUAAUUGAAGUUUUAACGCUCCGAUUAGGCUUUACAAAUAUUUGGAUAACUUUAAAACUACUUAUCAAAUUGGCAUUAAAUUUUCUGUGUACAUACUUAAGUAUAUGUACAUUACAAAAAAUUGAUUUUUUAAAAAUUCCAAGCACGUAUAACCCCUCAAUCACUACUUCAGCUUACUUGUUUGUUGACUUUGUUAAUGGGAUUAUUUAUCCCCUAAAUAUAUGAUAUAUAAUAUUAAAUAU